GAUAUUUGAUUAAACGGGUGGCUCGAGUCGGUUUCCUCUUUCUACACAAAUUGAAUCCAUUUUUCUCUCUCCCCCUCAAAGAAUCGAUCAAACCUUCCAUCAUCUACGAUUACAAUCUCUCCCUUUUUCCCAAAUUUCUUCCGUUGAAAUCAGUUCUUUAAUUUUGAUUUCCCCCCUAAAUUCACCUAGGGUUUAUCCGUUUAAUUUCUUCUUUUUGAACGGAAAUUUAAUAAGUUAGGGUUUAUUUGGUGGUGGUGGAUACAAGCAGUAGUAGUGGAGGAGGGGGGUUGUUGUUGAUAUCAGAGAAUAUGAGCUUCCAGCCCAGAAAUGACGGGGGAGAUAAUAAUAAUGGUAGCAGGUCCAGAUUCCCGACCCGACAAACGUGGGUUCCCAGAGGAUCUAAUCCUUCUCUUCCACUGAAUGGGGAUGUAAACCCAAACCCAAACCCAAACCCAAACCCAACCCACCUUCGAGUUUCAGCUCUAGAAACAAUGGAAAUGGUGGGCAUUCUAGCCAUGGGACUGGAGUAGCUGAUUAUAGGUAUAAGGGUGGUGUGAAUGCACCUAGAGGUGGUCAAAUGGGUCGGGGGAAGGAGAGGGGGGUGGAGACUCGGGAAGUGAAGGACCCGAAUUUGCCGCAACUUGCGCAAGAAAUUCAGGAGAAGCUUUUGAAGAGUACGGUUGAGUGUAUGAUUUGUUAUGAUAUGGUUCGGAGGUCUGCGCCUGUUUGGUCUUGUUCGAGUUGUUUCUCGAUUUUUCACUUGAAUUGUAUCAAGAAAUGGGCUCGUGCGCCGACGUCUGUUGAUUUGAUUGCGGAGAAGAAUCAAGGUUUUAAUUGGCGGUGUCCGGGAUGUCAAUCUGUGCAGCUUACGUCGUUGAAGGAUAUUCGGUAUGUUUGCUUUUGUGGGAAGAGGACGGAUCCGCCUUCGGAUUUGUAUUUGACCCCGCAUUCAUGUGGGGAACCGUGUGGAAAACAGCUUGAGAAGGAGGUUCCUGGUGCUGAUGGGAGUAGGGAGGGUCUUUGUCCGCACAAUUGUGUCUUGCAGUGUCACCCUGGGCCAUGUCCUCCUUGUAAGGCCUUUGCUCCACCAAGUCUGUGUCCUUGUGGGAAGAAAAGAAUCACAACAAGAUGUGCUGAUCGGAAGUCCGUUCUUACCUGUGGGCAACGAUGUGAUAAGCUUCUGGAAUGUUGGCGUCAUCGAUGUGAGCAGAUUUGCCAUGUUGGUCCCUGCAAUCCUUGUCAGGUAUUGAUUAAUGCUUCAUGUUUCUGCAAGAAGAACACGGAGGUUGUUCUAUGUGGGGAUAUGGCAGUGAAGGGAGAAGUGAAAGCUGAAGAUGGUGUUUUUUCUUGCAACUCAACAUGUGGAAAGGUUCUGGGUUGUGGAAAUCAUAUUUGUGGUGAAACUUGUCAUCCAGGUGAUUGCGGGGAUUGUGAGUUUAUGCCUGGCAGGGUCAAGUCAUGCUAUUGUGGAAAAACAAGUUUGCAGGAGGAAAGAAAUAGUUGUUUGGAUCCAAUUCCAACGUGUGCACAAAUAUGUGGCAAAUCCCUUCCUUGCGGGAUGCACCAAUGUAAAGAGGUGUGCCAUUCAGGGGAUUGUGCUCCUUGUUUGGUUUCUGUCACCCAAAAAUGCCGCUGCGGAUCAACCUCCCGAACUGUGGAGUGUUACAAAACUACUUCAGAGAAUGAAAAAUUCCUGUGUGACAAGCCUUGUGGUCGAAAGAAGAACUGUGGAAGGCAUAGGUGCAGCGAGCGAUGCUGCCCUCUUUCCAACUCUAACAAUCAGUUCUCUGGGGAUUGGGAUCCACAUUUUUGUCAAAUGGCUUGUGGGAAGAAGUUAAGGUGUGGACAACACUCUUGUGAAUCACUGUGUCACAGUGGCCAUUGUCCUCCUUGUCUUGAAACAAUUUUCACUGAUUUGACAUGUGCAUGUGGGAGAACUUCCAUCCCUCCUCCAUUGCCGUGCGGCACGCCUCCCCCUUCAUGUCAGCUCCCAUGCUCAGUUCCUCAGCCAUGUGGCCAUCCAGCUUCUCAUAGCUGCCACUUCGGAGACUGCCCACCUUGUUCGGUGCCUGUAGCUAAAGAGUGUGUUGGUGGGCAUGUGAUUCUGGGGAACAUACCCUGCGGGUCAAGGGAUAUCAGAUGCAACAAACUCUGUGGGAAGACCAGGCAAUGUGGUUUGCAUGCAUGUGGAAGAACUUGUCAUUCACCGCCUUGUGAUACCUCUCCUGGAACUGAAACUGGCUCAAGAGCUUCUUGUGGGCAGACAUGCGGUGCCCCUAGGAGAGAUUGCCGGCAUACUUGCACUGCACUUUGUCAUCCUUAUGCUCCUUGUCCUGAUGUCAGAUGUGAGUUCCCUGUCACAAUUACUUGCUCUUGCGGCAGGAUGACAGCAUCUGUUCCUUGUGAUGCUGGAGGGAGCAAUGGUGGUUAUAAUGAUACUAUUUUAGAAGCAUCCAUUCUCCACAAGUUGCCAGCGCCUCUUCAACCAGUGGAAUCAUCUGGAAAGAAGAUUCCUCUUGGCCAGAGAAAGUUUAUGUGUGAUGAUGAAUGUGCCAAGUUUGAGCGGAAAAGGGUUCUUGCAGAUGCUUUUGAUAUCAACCCUCCAAAUUUGGAAGCUCUUCAUUUUGGUGAGAAUUCUUCCGUGACAGAGUUGAUUGGUGAUCUGUACAGGCGCGAUCCAAAAUGGGUGCUUGCUGUGGAGGAGAGGUGCAAAUAUUUGGUUCUUAGCAAGAGCAGAGGAACCACAAGUGGUCUUAAGAUUCAUGUUUUCUGCCCAAUGCUGAAGGAUAAAAGAGAUGCAGUUAGGCUAAUUGCUGAGAGGUGGAAGGUUGCAAUUUAUUCUGCUGGUUGGGAGCCAAAGCGUUUUAUUGUAAUCCAUGCUACACCAAAAUCCAAAACCCCAUCUCGUGUGAUUGGCAUUAAGGGUACGACAACUUUAAGUGCCUCCCAUCCACCAGUUUUUGAUGCUCUCGUAGACAUGGAUCCCAGGCUUGUUGUUUCUUUUCUAGAUUUGCCGAGGGAGGCGGAUAUAAGCUCACUGGUCCUUAGGUUUGGUGGGGAAUGCGAACUAGUUUGGUUGAAUGAUAAGAAUGCCCUGGCUGUAUUCAAUGAUCCUGCUCGAGCAGCAACCGCUAUGAGGAGGUUGGAUCAUGGAUCAGUAUAUUAUGGAGCUGCGGUGGUUCCUCAAAAUAGCGGUGCAUCCAUGGGAUCACCAGCUACCAAUGCCUGGGGAACGGCAGGCACUGCAAAGGAAGGGACGAUCACAGCUCUGAAGGGAACUUCGUGGAAGAAAGCUGUAGUGCAGGAGUCUGGUUGGAGGGAAGAUUCAUGGGGUGAUGAAGAGUGGUCUGGUGGUGGUUCUGCAGAUGUUCAGGCUUCUGCAUGGAAAGGGAAAGAACAUCCAAUCUCCACUUCAAUUAACCGAUGGAGUGUACUGGACUCCGAUAAGGCUGACAGUUCAUCUGCUGCCUCUGUCAGGAUCGAGGAUCCUGCAAAACGAGUUGCAGAAAUUCUUUCCAGUUCAGGUUUGGAAUCAAAUGUAAGCACUUCGAAUAUAUCAGUGCAAACUGCGAUGCAACCUGGAGGGGUUUCAAGUGAAGAAGAUUUAUCUGAGGUGGUGGAUGACUGGGAGAAGGCCUAUGAUUGAGAACAUGCGUGUGGAGUCAUCUGAUUUUUUGAACAUGCUUCCAGGGUAUCUUUUGGUCUAUACCUAUUUCACUUUAAACAUUUUGGCGUUUGCAGGAGUAUUUUACCCGUUAUUUUUAUGAAAAGCUAUAUCAUCCACCCCUAUUGAUGCUUGAUGGUGGGUGUUUCUUCUUCUUCCUUUCUUCUUUUUUUUUUCCGGCUCUCUACUUGAAAUCCCAUUAAUUUCGGCGGAGACUGGAGAGAGCAUACAUCUUUGCUGUAUGGGAGAAUACUUGUUACUGUAGAACUUUGUCAAAGAAUCUAGGAAAAAAACAUCGCGGCCUCGUCAGCGGGUUUUGUUGAUAUAUUUUCGAGAAAGGCAUUCUAUGUGUACAGAGAAAAACUGAGAUUUCGCUACUUUUGAUUCCAAUGAAAUAUCUGCUCUAUUUUGGCA